AUGAAGCACAGUGGAACAACAGUAGCAAGGCGUAGGGUACUUUACCCUUUACUUCUCACUCACUCACUCUCUCUCUCUCUCUCUCUUUCCGCACCCUACUCUGUCAUUCCUGUUAUUCGUUCCAAUCCCUUGCAUGUUUUUAUUUCUUCUCAUUUUAUCCUUCUCUCUCCUUUCUUCCUUGUUGUCCGUUUUUUCCUAUACCACUCUGUCUCUCUCUCUCUCUCUCUCUCUAUUUCUCGUGUCUCUUCUUCUGUCUUUCUUUUCUUUCUUCCUCCUAAUACUUUUCGUUUACUUUCACUUUCUUUUUCCUCACACCCUUAUCUCUUUCUUUCUACUUCCACUCCCUAUUUUUUACUCAUCCCUUUUCACUUUCGUUUUCCCAGUCCCCGUUUUCCGUCAGUUUUUUUUUUCACAUUGUUUGUUUCCUCUCUCCUCCCCUUUUCUUCUAUUAUUUCUACUCUUCUAUCUCUAACCUUACAUGUCGCUUUCUUUCACUCCCUCUCUCUCUCUCUCUCUCUCUCUCUUACUUCUUUGUACACGAUUUCCUUCCCUCUUGCCUUCUCCUCCCCAGCGCUCAAUGUUUUUCCUUCUAUUUUUCUUUUUACUUUGUCCCAUAUAUCUCUUUCCCGCUCUUUCUUUACUUUUUCUUUCUCUUUUAACGAUUCUCCAUGUUUCUUCUUCCCUCUCUCUCUCUCGGAUGUUCUUAUUUCUUUUUCUUUUCUCCUCUCUCACAUUUCUCUAUCUUUCUACUUGCUUUUUUUUCUAAUUUCAUCACAAUUUUCAUUUUGUUCUCAUUUUCUUUAUCUAUCAUUUCUUUCUUUCCUCCUACAUUCACCCCGCUCUUUCCUCUUUCAUUCCUCCAUCUACAUUUUCUUCUUUCUUUCCUCCAUCUAUAUUUUCAUCUUUCUUUCCUCCGUCUACAUUUCGAUAAUUCUCUCUUUUUAUCUUAUAAUAUAUAAUUUUAUAAACAUUUUUUUCCAAUAA